AUGGCAGUUAGCAAGAUUAGAAAUAGAAAGCAGGGAAAAGUGCAGAAUGUUUCUUCUUGGCGGCCGGGGGAUAUGGAAGCCCCGGCCGCCGGCGCCAUCAUGUCGCCUGAGGAGGAACUGGACGGGUACGAGCCGGAGCCUCCCGGGAAGAGGCCGGCCGUGCUGCCCUUGUUGGAGCUGGUCGGGGAGGCCGAGAAGAGUCCCAGCGCCGACGGCUCGCUGCCCUCCACGCCGCCCCCGGCGGAGGAGGAGGAGGACGAGCUGUACCGGCAGUCGCUGGAGAUCAUCUCGCGGUACCUGCGGGAGCAGGCCGCCGGCGCCAAGGACUCGAAGCCGCUGGGCGGGGCCGGGGCCGCCGGCCGGAAGGCGCUGGAGACCCUGCGGCGGGUCGGGGACGGCGUGCAGCGCAACCACGAGACGGCCUUCCAAGGAAUGCUUCGGAAACUGGACAUCAAAAACGAAGAUGAUGUCAAAUCCUUGUCACGAGUGAUGGUCCAUGUUUUCAGUGACGGCGUAACAAAUUGGGGCAGGAUUGUGACUCUCAUUUCUUUUGGUGCCUUUGUGGCCAAACACUUGAAGAGCAUAAACCAAGAAAGCUGCAUCGAACCAUUAGCAGAAAGUAUCACAGAUGUUCUAGUACACACAAAAAGGGACUGGCUAGUCAAACAAAGAGGCUGGGAUGGGUUUGUGGAGUUCUUCCACGUAGAGGAUCUAGAAGGCGGCAUCAGAAAUGUGCUGCUGGCUUUUGCAGGUGUUGCUGGAGUAGGAGCUGGUUUGGCAUAUCUAAUAAGAUAGCCUUGUAAGUGCAAUAGUUGACUGUUAAACAACCCCAGGCGCCAAAACAUUAUACUUCUGUGAAAGCAAAGUAUUUAUGAAGCUGGUGGGCUUGAAGCUGUCCAAGCAGCAACUUCAAAGAGGCCAGAAAGCAAGAACAUGAUGGCUGCCAGUCAUGGGAGAAGUAGUCCCCUUCAAGAGCCACAGUGUGAAAGAAGCAAAGUGCAGUUUCAGCAACAAACUGUGAGACUGUGAAAGACUUCGAGAUGUAGCGAAGGUGAUAGGGUGGAAAGACUUGAUUUCUUUGUGUAAAGCCAGAGGAGUGGCCAGUAGCCAGCUAGUCAUAAAAGUCAUUAAAUAUACCCACCAAGUCAUCAAUUGUCUCCUGUCAAAGAAGCACUAACAAUGCUAGUGACUUGUGCAUAAAGUGGAUUUAAGCUACAAGGAGUUGAACUCUGACCACACGCCUCAGUGCUGUGGAGCAGCAUGUGAAGGGCAGCUUUUCCUCUGUAAUUCACUUCCCCAGUGUACUUCUUGAGUAGACCAACAAUAGUUAGAAAUAUGGAAUAGUCUCAGUUUUUAAAACAAAAGUAACUUGUAUUUGUCUGUAAAAAUUGUUUAUAUUUUUACAGAAAGUAUUUGGACAAAGUAUAUCAAAUUAACAGUAGUUUUUUUCAUACCCUUUUGAAGUUUGCAACUUCUGUAGUUAGCAAUCUAUUUCUUACAGCUUUUCUAUUCAGAGCUUUGUCCUGGUCAGUUCUAGAAUGUAUACAGAACUAACUAAAGUUAUGUGUAUGCAGCCUGGUUGUACUGGAACAAAUCUGAUUCAUAACUAUGCAGGGUUUAAUUUUCCAGUCUGAUUUUGGUAAAUAUUCCUUAUAUGGCUUCUGGGGGAGGGUGGGCUGAUAUCUUA